AUGUGGUAUACUGUCCAGAGGUUCCAGAUAGAACUGGGCCGUGACGAAGAUCACCUGGCGCUGCACUUCAACCCCCGUUUCAAGGACGACACGGACGGUGCUGUGCUUGUGUGCAACUCAAAGAUUGACGGCUGCUGGGGUCACGAGGAGAGAGAGAAACACAGUGACCUCCAACGGGGUUCUACUUUCAAGAUUGUCCUGAAGCUGACCGGAGACGUGUUUGAAGUGGAGAUGCCUAAUGGACAUGAGAUCAAGUUCCCCAACCGUUCCGUCCUGGACGUCGUUACCUACGUUCGCGUCAGAGGGGACUUAAAGCUCACCGCCUUUAAGAUCUACUAAAGAGACCCAUAAUAUCCACCUCGUGUAGCCUGGCAACAACGGCACAGCCAAUUUGUCUCGUUUGCCUUCCAAUUUCCGGUGCAUUCCGGCCCAAUGACACACAAGCAAGUGGGCGGGGCUACAUAUAGAGUUAGACCAAUGGGUAGUAAGACAGCCUGUAUCAAAUACUAAAUGGAAAUAUGGGGUGACCAUGGUACGUUUUGUUGUAACAAUAUUCUGACAUACAGUAAACACAAGGGAAAACUGGGGACGAGGUUAGGAUACUGUCAACUAAUUACAUUCCUUUACAAAUACAGACGUGUUACACACACAUCUUGGCCGGAGWAAAUGUCAGUCAAUGUUUUACUUGUUUUGGUGAGAAAGAAUSUAUUCUUAUACCAUAGUAGACCAAAUGAUUACAUUAUUACUGACCUAAUCUCUCAUGUUCUGAUACCAUAGUAUCCCAAAUAAUUACAUUAUGACUGACCGUGUUGACAGAUUGGGUCAACAAUUACUGAGCAGAAAACAGAAUAGUCAUUGACUCGUAAUUUUUACGACGAUUUGAAAAUGUUAUUUUCUGUAUACAUUUAAUGAAGCAAAACAAAAUGGACUUAUGUCAUGUCAUCAAUAAAGUGAAGCAUCCUCAA